AUGGCCAGCCAGACCCAGUUUGUGCCGCUGUCGCCGCCGCCGCGGACCUUACGACCAACUGGCCUGCUAGAAUGCUCGCAACGCAAGGUCCGGUGUGACAAGCAGACGCCGUGUGGCCGAUGUGUGCGGCUGUCCAAGACAUGCACCCGCGAGGUGGUGCGGAUCAGCAAGUCGCUGUCGCUGCACCGGGACGAGCUGCGGUUCCUGCGGACGCUCCGGGCUCGUCUGGUCGCGCUGGGGCCCGGCUGCCGAGAUGCCGUCGCCGACAUUGACCGACGCGUCCACUUCCUGGAACACGGCAAGUCGGCUACGUCCGGCGACGGGCCACUCCAGCCGGAUGCCGACGACACGAACGGCGCGGCCAUGGGCGUGGACCCUGCGAUGCACAGCCCGGCACCGACGGACGAAGACGAGAUGCGCAGCAGCUACGGCGGAACGGUGACUGUGGCCAGUCCGACAAGCAUGGCCACGUCGACGUCGGCGUCGACAUCCUCUGCGUCGACGCCGGUGUUCGGCGUGCAGCAACGAACCGUGCAGUUCCAGCAGCAGCACCAGCAGCAGCAGCAGCAGCAGCAGCACCAGCACCAGCGCAUGCCGACCACGCACCAGCUCGACGACAACCACGCGUCCAUCCUGACCGGCUUCGAGUUUCUGGCCUGGGGCCGGCACAGCCAGGCAUGCUUCCCGCACCGCCGCUGCCGCUGCUACCAGAACCGGCGGUAUUCGGAGCUGGCAUCGAUCAACUGCGACGCCGCGUGGGUCGGCCGGCAGGCCAUGACGCUGCGGGCGGACGCCAGCGACAGCGACCCGACGGAGCCGUCGGUGCUGCUGCCGCCGCGCGUCGCGCGCCAGGUGGUGGCGUUCCACAUGGACCACCUGCGGUGGCACCACAACGCGUUCCACGGGCCGACGUUUGCGGCGCAGUGCGAGCAGUUUUGGCGCACGGGCACGGCGGACCACCCGCUGUGGCUGGCGCUGUACUUUGCCGUGUGCAGCGUGUCGCUGUGGACGCUGCUCAACAACGAGCCGUACCGGCGCGAGGUGACGGGCGACUGGGACUUUGACGAGGCGCUGGUGGGCCGGCAGUUCCAGGCCAUGGUGCACACCCUGUACGGCGAGAACUUUCUGGAGAACCUGUCGCUGUACGCGGUGCAGGCGAUUGUCAUCUCGACGCGGAUCGCGCACAACCUCGACCGGACGGACCUGAAUGCGAUUCUGGUGGGCGCGGCCGUGCGCAUCGCCCACUGCCUGGGCCUGCACAAGAUUGCGGACCCGCCAGAAGAGGGCACCGAGGUGGACGCGUGGCACGAGCGGGUCGAGAUCGAGACGGGCAAGCGCGUGUGGCUGCAGCUGGUGAUCCAGGACCACUUCCAGAUCCCGUACACGGACACGUACGUCAUCCACCCGUCGCAGUACAUCACGCCGCUGCCGGACAACUGCAACGACGAGGACAUGGUGGCGCGGCCGGCCCGCGAGCCCACCAACUCGUCGUACGUGCGCAUGCUGGGCCGGACGGCGUCGCUGAUCCCGCCGCUGCUGGACGGGCUGGGGCCGAUGGGCGCGCGCAAGCCGCCCGCCGAGGCGUACCAGCAUAUCCUGGCGUGCGACCGCGUGAUGCGGGCCAACGUGGCGCAGAUCCCCGAGUUUCUGCUGCGGGACGACGCGGCCCCCGCCGGCCCCGGCGCCGUGCACACGCCCUGGCUGGCGCUGGCGCGGCGCACGCUCGCCAUCUCGGCCGCCGAGAAGAUCAUCAUGAUCCACCGGCCGGUGCUCUACGACUCGUUCCAGGGCGGGCCCGCGUUUCGGCACACGCGCUCGACCUGCGUGGCCGCGGCCACGACCAUUCUGCGCGAGCACGAGCAGGCGCUGGCCGAGCAGACGCUGUCCAUCUGGACGCACUCGGCGUUCUGCGUGACGGCGGCCGUCGUGCUGGGCCUCGAGCUGUUCCACCGCACCGACCACACCGACGACACGGCGCACGCGUACCGGCAGACGCUGGCGCGGGCCGCGGACCGGCUGCGGCACCGGCGCUGCGACGCCAUGGCCAAGCGCGGCGCCGUGCUGAUCGACACGCUGCUGGCGGCCGAGGAGGACCUGGUGCUGCGGCUGAUGCGCACGGCGCGCAGCGGCGACGCGUCCACGGCGCACCACCAGGCGGCCAUUAUCAACGACAUGCUGGGCCGGCACGAGAUCAUGGCGCGGUUCCUGGCGCGCGCGCCGCCCAAGCCGGACAGCAGUGUCGGCGGCGGCGGCGGGGGCAGUGCCGGGAGCACGCCCGUGGCAAUGGGUGGCGGUGUGGGUGGGAGCGUCGGCGGUCCGGCCGUGUCUCUGUACCAGGGCACGCUUCUGCCGAAUGGGCCCACCAGGGGCAACGGGGGCAACACGGGCCACAGCGCAAACCACGACGGCAUGAACGCGUUGCUCACGUCGAUGGACCUGGACACGAGCCAAGACUUUGAGUCGUGGUUCAACAACGUGUUUGCUCCAGUCAAUGGGCUGGCCGUCCUUGUCGACGUGGCCGGCGUCCACACCGGCCUCCUUCUUCAGCUGCCGGUUGGCCAGGGCGUACAGGACCAGCAGGGCCAGCGUGACGGCGACGGAAAAGGCCAUAAAGGCGACGGCAAUGGUCCAGCCGCGGUGGUAGUAGGGCAGGUCGUCGGAGCGGAAGAGCUGGCCGCCGACGAUGCCGGCGCAGUUGGCGGCCAUGAUGAAGAGGGCCAUGCGGACGGAGCGCUCGGCGGGCGAGCGGGCGUUGAUGGCGAGCCAGGAGCCGUGGGCGGCGUGCCACCAGCUGCAGGUGGCGCUGGCGAGGGUGAGGAGGGCAAACUUGGUGGCGCGGGCGGCGUCGUCGGGCAGGCACUUGUAGGCGACGGUGAAGACGAACUCGAUGGCGACGGCGACGAGGACGAAGCAGCCGCGGCGGCCCCAGCGGUCGGCCACGAAGCCGCCGAGGACGACGAGGGCGACGGAGACCCACUGGCCGACGCUGGUCAUGGCGUUGGAGGCGAGCCGAUCGAAGCCGUAGGAGGCGACAAUGGUGGGCGCGUAGGACCACAGCGCCGUGGAGGGCGCGAGGCCGACGGUCGUCAGCAGCACGUGCAGCCAGACCUUGCCGCUGAAGAGGGUCACGCGCAGGUCCUGCCACGCGACGCGGCGCCGCAGCGGGCCGGCCGUGGGGUCGUCGAGGGCCUUGCGCUGGCGCAGGAUCAGCAGCUCGCGGUCGCUAAAGUAGCGCACGCCGGCAAAGGAGACGGGGUUGCUCGGCAGGCCGGGGAAGAGGGUGACGAAGACGACGCCGGUGAGCACGGUAAAGAUGCCUUCGAGCUGGCCGGCCAGGCCGGCGAGGCCGCGCAUGUGCAGCACGCCGUAGGCAAUGAGGCCGCCGGCGGCCGUGGCCAGGCCGUUGCCCAGGAAGAAAAAGGCAUAGCGGCGGCUCAGCUCGUGGGCGCGGUACCACUGCGAGAUGGUAAAGAGGCUGCCGGGGAUGAAGCCCGACUCGCAGAGGCCCAGCAGCAGGCGCGUCGACAGGUAGCCGCCGAGGCCCUUUUGGAACGACUGGAAGGUGGCCACGAAGCCCCACAGAAAGAUCUGGACGCCGAUCCACGCCUUGGGGCCGACGCGGUACAGCACGAGGUUGGACGGGAUCUCCAGCACGACGAUGCCGGCGUUGAGCAGCUGCGUGCCGAUGUUGAACUGGUUCUGGGUGAUGCCGACGUCCUUGAGGAAGUUGUCCGUCAGGGCGUUGCCGGCGUUGGCUCGGUCGAGCUGCAGGCCGAAGAAGACGAGCAUCAGGAUGGGCAUCACGAUCCAGUCGACCUUGCGCACGAGGGCCUGCUCCUCGGCCGCGGUCCACGUCUGCGUGUGGCCGACGUCGCUGUCGCUGGCGCUGCCGGCGGCGGGCAUGCUGGAGAGCGCCUGGGCCGACUUUUCCUCGUCGGACACGGGCACAGAGGCCGCGAGGAGGUCCGACUUGGCCAUGUGGGAGGUGUGGAUAAUGUUGGUGAUGCUUUGCUGCAAGCUGUGGAAGUGCGUCGCGAUUGCACCAUCUCGGACGUGCGCCAUGGAUGCCACUCGUUUGGGCGGCGACACAGCACGCAGCGUAUCGAGAUGUGA